AUGCAGGGCGCUGCGCAGUCUCUGAGAGCCAGGAAAGCUGCUGAAAAGAAGGCGGCUAAGGAAAAAGCUGUUUUGGAGGCAAACUUCAGACCUCCUACUCCUCUCGAGGCCAACCCUGAGGUCGUUGUUGGUGCCGAGGCAACUGAUGAAGCUCGGGAUACGGUUUCGAUCGUUCCCGAGGUGGCCGGGCAUAUGUCCCCUACGACCGAUGUCCCCGAGGUGGUAGGGGCUCUGGUCAUUGCUGCUCCAGCCGCCGAGGCGAAAUCCAAAACUAAGGGAAAAAGACCCCGAGGUGAUGGCUCGGGAGUUUCUAGGAAGGAGAAAAGGAGUCGUAGCGAAACUCCAGAGUACAAGGACAAGAUCGCUUCGGCGAAUUUUGUCGCUUCGUGCUCGGGUCCGCCACUGUCUGCUCCCGAUGCCUUGUUGGAGGCUCAAAACUACCGUGAAACCACUGCUGGAUUCCUGAAGGCCUUCCAUUCGAUGAAUUCCAUGGUUCGGGCCUAUGAUUUUGGAGCUCGGAAGUCCGAGCUGGCCCGUGAGAGAUCGGAGACAUCCCGAGCUGAGGUCGAAGCUAGGUUGUCCGAGGCGAUCGCGGCUAAACAAGAAGCUGAGGUGUUGGCCAAGGCCGAGAAGGUGGAGCGAUUGAAAGCUUCUGAGGAUAGCCUGCGGACUCAGAGAAAGCUUGAGGUCGAGGUUGCGCGACUCCAUCGGUUAUUUACUGAAGAGAAGGCUCUCCGGGAGAAGGAGAUUGUCAGAGAACGGAGAGCAGCCAAAAGGGAGUUUGCCGAGAAGGUCAAGGCUAUCGAGGCGAAGAUGGACCAGUUCGGGAAGGUAUCCACGCGCUACAUGUACUUGGUGCAAGCGCGGGCCAAUGCCGAGCUGAUAGCUGAGCUGGAGGAAGGGAUAAAGGUAGAAGAUGAGAAGGCCGAGGUCCUUCAAUGGACGGCUGAGUAUGGGGACGCCGAGGAUGAGUACGUCCGUCUCGGAACCGAGCUGCGAGAGGACUUGAAGCUUCCUCCAGUUUCCCCGGACUCUGUCGACGAUAGCUUCGGGAACCGUUCGAUCGAGGGUGCCGCGGCUGCGAUAAGUGUUGCCGACCAGUCGGGUUCGAACCGAGGUACCGAGGUAGCUCAAGUUUCGCCGGUUAACCAAGACUCGAUCUGA